GGACACCUAGGUUCCCCCCAUUUCUCAGCCUGGGGCUUGGGGGGACUUGGGACUGAGGUUGGACACAUGGGUUUGGUGUUCCCAGGGGCAGGGGAAAUCUGGAGGGGGCUGGUCCUUGGGCCCCAGCUGGACACCUGGGUUUGCUAUGUCCCAGGCACCUGACCUGGUACACAGCCCCCUUCAAUCCUGGUCUGGGGGGUCAUUGAUGGAAGGGGGGGGCCUGGCUGGCUCUGCCCCAUAACCUCACACCCUCCCUCUUCCCUCACCACCCCCAGGUCUUCCGCAGUGGUGAGGGCAUGGGGAUCCGCUUGGACAGCGCCUCGGCCUUCCAGGGCGCCGUGAUCUCGCCCCACUACGACUCUCUGCUGGUCAAGGUCAUCGCCCACGGCAAGGACCACCCCACGGCUGCCUCCAAGCUUAGCCGGGCCUUGGCCGAGUUCCGCAUCCGUGGUGUCAAGACCAACAUCCCCUUCCUGCAGAACGUGCUGAGCAACGGGCAGUUUCUGCGGGGCACGGUGGACACGCAGUUCAUCGACGAGCACCCCGAGCUCUUCAACCUGCGCCCGGGACAGAACCGAGCCCAGAAGCUGCUGCACUACCUGGGUCACGUGAUGGUGAACGGCCCGACCACGCCCCUGCCCGUCAAAGCCCGGCCCUCGCCCGUGGACCCCGUGGAGCCCACCGUGCCCAUGGGGCCGCCCCCGUCGGGGCUGCGAGAAGUGCUGCUGCGCGAGGGCCCUGAGGGCUUUGCACGGGCAGUGCGGGAGCAUCGGGGGCUGCUGCUCAUGGACACGACCUUCCGUGACGCGCACCAGUCACUGCUGGCCACACGCGUGCGCACCCGCGACCUUAAGCGUGUUGCCCCCUUCGUGGCUCACAGCUUCAGCCGCCUCUUCAGCAUCGAGAAUUGGGGUGGCGCCACCUUUGACGUGGCCAUGCGCUUCCUGUACGAGUGCCCAUGGCAGCGGCUGCAGGAGCUGCGGGAGCUGAUCCCCAACAUCCCCUUCCAGAUGCUGCUGCGUGGUGCCAAUGCCGUGGGCUACACCAACUACCCUGACAAUGCUGUCUUCAGGUUCUGCGAGGCGGCCAAAGAGAACGGCAUGGACAUCUUCCGCGUCUUUGACUCCCUCAACUACCUGCCCAACAUGGUGCUGGGCAUGGAGGCGGCCGGGCGCGCAGGCGGUGUCGUGGAAGCCGCCAUCUCCUACACGGGCGACGUGGCUGAUCCCUCCCGCACGAAGUACACACUGAACUACUACCUGCAGCUGGCUGACCAGCUCGUCAAGGCUGGCACCCACAUCCUCUGCAUCAAGGACAUGGCUGGGCUGCUGAAGCCACAGGCCUCGGAGCUGCUGGUAGGGGCGCUGCGGGCGCGGUUCCCGACGCUGCCGCUGCAUGUGCACACCCACGACACAUCAGGAGCGGGGGUGGCAGCGCUGCUGGCAGCUGCGAAUGCCGGCGCCGAUGUGGUGGACGUGGCUGUGGACGCCAUGUCGGGGAUGACAUCGCAGCCCAGCAUGGGUGCCAUGGUGGCCUGCACCCGUGGCACUGCCCUCGACACAGGGCUCCCGCUGGAGCGGGUGUUCGACUACAGCGAGUACUGGGAGGCGGCGCGCGGGCUGUACGCGCCCUUCGACUGCACGGCCACCAUGAAGUCGGGCAACGCAGACGUGUACGAGAACGAGAUCCCGGGCGGGCAGUACACCAACCUGCACUUCCAGGCCCACAGCAUGGGGCUGGGCAACAAGUUCAAGCAGGUCAAGAAGGCCUACGUAGAAGCCAACCAGAUCCUGGGCGACCUCAUCAAGGUGACGCCGUCGUCGAAGAUCGUGGGGGACCUGGCGCAGUUCAUGGUGCAGAACGGGCUGUCGCGGGCCGACGUGGAGGCGCAGGCGGAGGACCUGUCCUUCCCCCUCUCCGUGGUCGAGUUCCUGCAGGGCCACAUUGGCAUCCCCCAUGGCGGCUUCCCCGAGCCCUUCCGCUCCAAGGUGCUGAAGGACCUGCCCCGGGUGGAGGGGCGCCCGGGGGCCUCACUGGCCCCCCUGGACUUUGAGGCACUGGAGGCGGAGCUGCGGAGUCGCCAUGGCGAUGACAUCACCCCCGAGGACGUGCUGUCGGCCGCCAUGUACCCACAGGUCUUUGAGGAGUUCAAGGCCUUCACAGCCGCCUUCGGCCCCGUUGAGUGCCUCGACACCCGCCUCUUCCUCGAGGGGCCCAAGAUCGCUGAGGAGUUCGAGGUGGAGCUGGAGCGGGGCAAGACGUUGCACAUCAAGGCGCUGGCGCUGGGUGACCUGGCGCGGGGCGGGCAGCGCGAGGUCUUCUUCGAGCUCAACGGGCAGCUGCGCUCCAUCCUCGUCAAGGACACGCGGGCCAUGAAGGAGAUGCACUUCCACCCCAAGGCGCUGAAGGACGUGAAGGGGCAGGUUGGGGCACCAAUGCCAGGCAAGGUGGUGGACAUCAAGGUGGCGCCGGGGCAGGUGGUGGCCAAGGGGCAGCCCCUGUGCGUGCUCAGCGCCAUGAAGAUGGAGACAGUUGUCAACUCCCCGGUCGCUGGCACCGUCAAGGCUGUGCAUGUUCAGCCCGACAUGAGCCUCGAGGGCGAUGACCUCAUCCUGGAGAUUGAGUAGGGGGCGGGGCUUCACCCCCCAACCCCUGCUGACCCCACCCCCAUCCUGGACAGAGACCCCCCACCCCACCCCGCUCCCCUCAUGCAUUGCUGUCACUUUAAGGGGAGGCCCCGCCCACUCCUAACCCCUUUGCUGCUGGCUUCUCCCCUAACUCCUGCAACUGCAGACUGUGUGUGUGUGGUGGGGGGGGUUCCCUUGCAGGAAAUGGGGGCACAUCAGAGGGCAGCCCGGCCCCUUGUCAUCAAAGCCCUAGGGGAGCCCUGCUGCCCCCACCCCACCUUUGUACCCCCCAGGGGCUGCUAUUACCCCCCACCCAUGCCCUGGGGUGGAGACUGACCAGACUCCACCUGGUGUCCUGGGC